AUGAGUUCAAUCAGUGUACCAUCAGUAGAUGCAGCAGAUGACAGAGAACGUAGAAUUAUCAAUGCCUUAGAGACCUAUUUCAGUGAUGCUUCUUUAUUGUGGGAUAAAGUUAUGCAGCAAAAAAUAAUGUCAAAUCCUCAAGGAAUGGUAUCCCUCACUGAGCUUGUCAAGUUACCCAAGUUGCGCUCAUUUCAAGUAACAGACGAAGAGUUAUUGAGCUAUAUAGAAAAGCACAGCUUGACGCGGUUACAACUCAAUGAAGAUAAAACAAAAAUAGGUCGAAUCAGACCUUAUGUGCCCAACAAAAAAGAAGUACUUGAUGAAUGGUCCAUCUACGUUGAAGGGCUCACAAAACCUUAUCAUGAAGAAUUCAAGAUUAAAGAAUUAUUUCAUACCUUGACGGGUGGACAUGUCUCUUUCUAUUCUGUUCCACCGAACCAACAAGGCUCAACGGCAUUUUAUGGUUAUUGCUUUCUUGAAUUUGACGAUAAAAUGUAUGUAGAGAAAGCCAUACAUUUGUUUAGCGAACAAAAGGGUAACGACGGUAAGGCUCACCGCAAAAAUGAAGAUGAGGUCAUGUUGGAUGAAAAUCAAGCAAAGCUUCUUAGAAAACUGGAUCUUCGAGUGAUAUCCAAAUUAGAAUGGAAUAGAUUGCGAGAUGAAUAUGUGGAGUUAUUGGCAGAGAAGAAAGCAGGUUUUAAGAAACUUUGGGAUGAUUACAAUAAUGAGCAACAACAAGAAGACAAUGGAGAGAGUCAACAUGAUGGUGAUAAGCGAGAAGCCAGAGUAUCACAAAAACGGGGCCCUCAUGGUAUUGUAGACGAUGAUGUGCCUGCCACCAAAAAGUAUAAAAAUGGCUCUCAAACUGAUAAAACCACCUCGUCGAAAGCAGUCAAGACUGAUGAGUAUCCAAAAGGUGUUAUCGUGUUUGUCGACAAUUUACACCUUCAAUGUCCAAAAACUAUUGCUUUGAAACUACUAGAAUCGCGUGCUGAUGUAAAGAUUCCUUUCAUGGGAGUGAAAAAAAAGGGACUCGCUAGCGUUCAUAUUCGAUUGAAUACCGCUGACGAUGCUCAAAGGAUUUGUGCUUACUUUAAUGAGCAGCAUGCUAUUAUCCAGGAAAAUGAAAAAGAUACCACAGGCACAGAAAUGGACGAACGGACUGGAAGUUGCAUCAAAAUGCGCCUUCUGCAAGGAACCGAAGAAAGGAUUUAUUGGGAAAAUGACACGAAAUGA